GCUGACGUGGAGGGUCCGGGUUAGCGGGCGCUGCGAGCUGCGGGAUUGGGGAGCGACGGGCCGGGCCGGGCCCUGGGGCCCGAAGCGGCGGCGGCGGUAUAAAGCCGGCGACAGGGAGCAUGUAAUGUCGGAAUGCGGAGGCCGCGGCGGCGGCAACGGCAGCAGCAGCAGCGACGACGCCGAGGACGAGGGUGGCGGCGGCGGCGGCCCCGCGGGCUCCGGCUCCUUCAGCCCGGCCCCGGCCGGAGCGUCCCCGGCGGGCCGGCUCCGCCGCGGGCUGCGCGGCGCCUCCCUCAUGGCGCGCCGGCGGCCCGAGCUGCUCUGCGGGGCCGUGGCGCUCGGCUGCGCGCUGCUCGUCGCCCUCAAGUUCACCUGCAGUCGAGCAAAAGAUGUGAUAGUACCAGCAAAGCCACCUGUCAGCUUUUUCUCUUCGAGGUCUCCGGUUCUUGACCUCUUCCAGGGGCAGCUGGACUACGCAGAGCACGUCCGCCGGGAUUCCGAGGUGGUGCUGCUGUUCUUCUACGCGCCAUGGUGUGGCCAGUCCAUCGCGGCCAGGUCCGAGAUUGAGCGGGCAGCGAGUCAGCUUUCAGACCAGGUGUUGUUUGUGGCGAUUAACUGUUGGUGGAACCAGGGGAAAUGCAGAAAACAGAAGCACUUCUUCUAUUUCCCCGUAAUAUACCUGUACCAUCGAAGUUUUGGACCAAUCGAAUACAAAGGCCCCAUGAGUGCUGUUUACAUUGAGAAGUUUGUCCGCCGGGUGAUGAAACCACUUGUCUACAUCCCAUCUCAAUCAGAAUUACUAGAUUUUCUCUCAAACUACGAGCCUGGAGUCCUCGGGUACUUUGAGUUCAGCGGCUCACCGCAGCCUCCUGGUUACUUGACGUUCUUCACUUCGGCGUUACUUUCAUUAAAGAAAGAUUACCUAGGAACAGUACGAUUUGGGGUUAUCACAAAUAAACAUCUUGCGAAACUGGUAUCCUUAGUACACUCUGGAAGUGUGUAUUUACAUAGACAUUUCAACACAUCACUUGUCUUUCCCGGGGAGGCCGCCAACUACACGGCCGAGAGCAUCCACAAGUGGGCCUUGGAGAACCGCGAGGCGCUGCUGCGCUGGCUGCGGCCACACGGCGGCAAGAGCCUCCUGCUCAACAACGAGCUGAAGAAAGGGCCGGCGCUGCUCGUGUUCCUGCCUUUCGAUCCCCUAGCCGACAGCCACCCGUUAGUGGAUGAGAUCACCCAAGUGGCCUUGGAGUACCGCAACUGUCACGCGGACCAGGUGGUGGAGCGGCUCCUUCAGCACCUGCGGCGAGUGGACACCCCGCCGUUCACGUCUCUGGCCCCCGAGCCCCCCGCCCGGCUCUGCUGCAACAGCGUGCUGCUGCCCCCGGGACGCGCCGCCCCCGGCACCCACAGCGUCUGCGAGCUGUGCGUCAGCCACACCGCGGGCGGCGGCCGGCCCCCGCCUGCCGGCGCGCCCCGCUGCAGCUCUUCCCAGGUGGCGGCGGCUCUGGACUCUUUCUACCUCAAGGAGCAGACCUUUUCCCACGGGGCGCCGCAUGGCUUCGCGUGCAGCAACUUCCUGAGCUCCUACAGCCCUUUCAGCUACUACAGCGCGUGCUGCAGGGCUGUGGGCAGGGCCGUGACGGGCUGCCUUGCUUCUGGCCGGGCUGCCUCUGAGACCCCGGCCGUUGCGUUUUCUCCCCUCGAGAAGAAAUGCGAGGCCCAUGGCCCAGGCUCGGUUCCUCACAUUGAGGAGAACAGCUGUCUCUUCCCCGAAGUGGGCGCGAGCAGCACGCGCUUCACAGGCCUCAGCUGCAGGACCAACAAGACCCUGAACAUCUACCUUCUGGAUUCAAACUUGUUCUGGUUGUACGCAGAGAGGCUGGGGGCUCCGAGCGCCGCCCGCGUCAAGGAAUUUGCCGCGAUCGUUGACGUGAAGGAAGAGUCUCACUAUAUCUUGGAUCCGAAACAAGCUCUUAUGAAGUUCACCCUAGAGUCUUUUAUUCAAAACUUCAGCGUUCUCUACAGUCCCUUGAAAAGGCACCUUAUUGGAAGUGAUUCUGCCCAGUUCCCUUCUCAGCAUUUAAUCACUGAAGUGACAACGGAUACCUUUUGGGAAGUGGUCCUUCAAAGACAGGACGUGUUGCUGCUUUACUAUGCACAGUGGUGCGGCUUCUGUCCCUCCCUCAAUCAUGUCUUUAUCCAGCUGGCUCGUCUCCUGCCGACGGACGCGCUCACCGUGGCCAGGAUUGACGUAUCUCAGAAUGACCUUCCUUGGGAAUUUAUGGUUGACCGUCUCCCGACCAUCUUAUUUUUCCCCUGCAACAGAAAGGACCGCAGCGUCAAGUACCCCGAAGACCUCCCCGUCACCCUCCCCAACCUGCUGAGGUUCGUCCUGCACCACUCAGACCCGGCUCCUGCGCCCCGGGGCCCGGCUCGGCCCCCCACCCCAGAGUGCCUGCGGAGCGAGGCCGCCUUCCAGCAGGGGCACGUGUCGCACCUGGAGAGAGAGAUCGGCAAACUGCGUGCCGAGAUCAGCGCCCUGCAGCGCGCGCAGGCGCAGGUGGAGGCCCGGCUGUCGAGCGCGCGCAGGGACGAGCACCGCCUGCUGCGGCAGAAGCGGGCCCUGGAGGAGCAGCACGGCCUCCUGCGGCUGCACAGCGAGCAGCUGCGGGCGCUGUACGAGCGCAAGAGCCGCGAGCUCGAGGAGCUGGCCCGGAAGCUGCGGGAGCUGGCCGACGCCUCGGAGGGCCUGCUUGCCGAGAACGCGUGGCUCAAGAUCCUGGUGGCCACCCUGGAGCGGCGGCUGGAGGGCGGGGACGGAGCCGAGCCGCCCGCUCCCCCGCGAGAGGCCCGCCCCGGCCACCCCGAGCCUUCUUCGGGGCACCCGCGGCUCCCGGGCGGCCCCCCUCCGCCUUCCAACGUCAGCUCCGCGCUGGCGUCCGAGAGGAGCGAUGAGAACAGGACAGGCUGACUUUUAAAAUGACAUGAAGAAAUCAGAGGAGAAAACUGUACAUUGGGAAUAUAUUUAUGCAAAUUUUAUUGAAAUUUAUUGUAAAUAAAGAUUUUCUCAGUGGUCUAGAAAAUCA